UUCGUUCCAAAGGUUUAAGCACCUUAGUGCGUGCUGCGUGAGUGUGUGUGUGUGUGUGUGCUAGAAAAAGGAAAAAGGAUCAUCUUCGUCUUACGGCGAUGGAAGUCAACAAGCGUUACCUGUGGCUAGCCGCGUUCCAGCUGUUCUGGUCCUUGUGCUUGGUUCAAUCGUACGACAGUGCCAAUCUGUACAAAGAUUGGCUAAGGGUGAAAAACGACGAGGACAUCGACCGGAUGUUCGCCGAGGAUCAGUUUGAUGCACCCAGGCUUUUUUUCUACAGGACUUCUGAUUCCUUUUCGGAUCUUGGCGUGGGCGAUCCGAUUGAGAAGCGAACCGUGAAUAGGUACAAAAACAUGAUGCUGAACAAGGACAGCCCGGACGCUCCUCUACUGGACGACGUCGAGCAGACGAAGGAAGCGACUCGAUUCUUCUUUCCACGGAUCACACCCAAAAGGUCCCCGGGGGCAAUUCUGAGUUGGGCCAUUCCAGCAGCCAAUCGAGUGCGUGUCAUCAGUACGAACUAUCGGCCACCUGGCAUCAACCGACCCGCUGCCUAAAUCGCACGUGAGCGAGUUCGACAACGACUGCGAGGGGCCCAUUUAUUCGCGAUGCAAACUCCGAUCGGUUUGAAUACGAUUCUGGGAUUCUCGUUCGACCCUCUAACGCGCUCUCGUAUGCGAUCGAUGGCGUUUCACUAACUAUAAGCAUCUGCGCUGGCUUUUAAAUGCGGUCUGACAAUUUGUUUUACCAUCAUGUCGUGUGUAACAUCAAUAUGGAUAAAUAUAGUCUUCGGGUUCUGCUAACAAAUACCAUAGCUUUGAUGUUUCCGAAAUGAAAAUCUUAUGGAUAUGAAUAUUAAAAGUGCAGACAGGUUUAAUUUAACCAACAGUUCCACUGUCCAAAUUUGAAUUUAAUAAAAUGCUACAUGCAUAUUGAUACUAAUAACG